AUGUCCCUCCUUCAGGUACCAGGAACCGAGAACCAAUCGGGAAGUUCCCGGGGCCAAUCGGCGUCGUCUUCGUUAAGAUCUGAAUCGAUCCAUUCUCGUCUUCGGUUUGACACAACAGUGCGAAUGCUUGCCCCAGUAGUUUGGUCUCGAAUUCAGGCAAAGGUAUGUGCGAAUAGUUACAUCGUUAUUUGUUUGUUUGAUCCUCGAGCUAGGCUAGAUUGUCGUUUCCGGUCCGUUGAUAAUAUUAUUUAAGUCCUUAUUAUUUUGUAACUAUUAUUCGUGAUUCAACCGUGCUUUGGAUGUGUAAGAUCUUGCACGAAUACAUCUCCCUGCAGAUUUUUAUUUGAAAGUUGCAAAAAAGCUAUCUUAUUUGCUUUGAUCCUUAACCAACCUUAACAAAUAACGUGAGGGUAAAUAUUUAAGGGUUGAUGUUGAUAAAGUACGUUUAUUGACCGGCCGUCGAUAUCGAAGUGAUCGUAGCCAGGGCGGUAUGCGGGUCAGUCAUGUUACCUGUUUUGAAUAGAAGCGAUUAUCAUUUCUGAACAAAGGACUGAAUAUCGUGUUGAACAGAGGACUAAAUAUUAUGUUGAUAUUAUGUUUUGUCUGAAAUGAGUGGGUGGGCGGCAGGACUUUUCCACGGAUGGCGGGUGGCGGAUUAACUGUUUCUAAGUAAAGAUUUCGUGAAAUUGACUUUUUGAUUAUUUUAAUAGCGGGCAACGAAAGAAAAGGUACCCUCACAUCACGUGAAAAUUCUCUCUUUGCAAUACCACGCCGUCAAAAAUAAAAAGUGCAAACCAUUAAAAAAAGAAAGUCCAGAAAGGAAAAAUAUACAAAAAGCAUAGUGAUAUUUUAGCGAUAUUUUUUCUUUGCAAGAUAGCUUGAUGAACUCAUGAAAAGUAAAUUAAAACUUACUCUGAGGCAAGACGAUUAAGAUAGCAUUCACUUCUUGACACGUCUGAACUUUGUCUCAGAUUUUUGACAAGUACGUAAGUCAGGAUAAACAUUUGCAUUACCCGUGGAAAAAUGCUGUUAUUCGGAAAUCGAAAAAAAGAUAUCAAAAUUCGCAGACAUGUUUUUUUAGAAUAACUAUCUGGAAUUAGAUUGGUUCAUGGUUUAAAAUAUACAUGUACAAAAUGACUAAGAAGUCGGAUGUCCUUCUAACCACACGUCCUCUUAUUUAACAUUAGGCAUGGAGCAGGAAAGUGUAUAGAUGCAUGUACAAAAAAUUGGCUUGGAGUUCUUGAUAAGGUUAGACACAUGCCAUGUGUCUUGCUUGACAUUUGACACACCACGUGUAGCCUGCGAAACGUUCCUUGCAGUGCAGAACCAGGAGAGGUGACUGUUUUCGCAGGCUACACCGUGUGGCAUGAUUUCUCAGUUUUUUUAUCCAUAUUUGAGUAAAUAAACUCUUGGGAAAAAUAGUCCGCAUGAGUACACAAGACAAGAAAAUAUUUUCAUUUAGAGUCUGGUAGCUGGUACCUGGUACAUACAUGUAAACAUUGAAAUAAUUCAACAUUACAAUAUACAGUUAUAUACAAAAUUUUACACUAUCGAGGUUAUAAUAAAUAGAAAUAAUUCCAGUCAUCACUAGGCUUUUUGUAUAUUUCUUCUUUCAAUUUUUCUGAAUUUUCUUUUUUAAUGGUUUGCAAUUUUUAUUUUUGAUGGUGUGGCAUCGAAAAGAGAGAAUUUUCACGUAAUAUGAGCGUACCUUUCCUUUUGUUGCUUGGUAUUAAAUCAAAAAGUCAAUUUCAUGAAAUCUUUACUUAGAACCAGUUUACCCGCCAUCUGCGACCCGUGACCUGCCACCCGUCACCCUCCACACGCCACCUGUGGAUGUGUGUAAGGUCACUGGCUUAGGUGUGGACUGUUAGGUUCGAACAUGCAAGCUUGAAAAAUUUUGGCAUUGAAGAGUGUAUCUUUGGUGGAGAUUUGAAAAAUGUCUUGUUAUCCAGGAAAAUUUAUUUGAUGCAGCAGUGAGUUGCUUUUUGUCAGUGGACAUCAAUCUUGUCCCCAAUGCUUUCUCUGCAGUCAAAAUGGUCUCAAAUGCAGAUGAAUCAGAGAUCAUUUGGACAAACUUUUCUGCACAUUAAACAAGCUCAUACAAGAGGAUGGCUAAUUGUCUGUACUGGCUGCUAAAAUUUGUUGUCAUAAAAGACCCUUCUUUUCUUUUUAUUAAUGUUUUUUGCAAAAGGCAGUCCAUUUCCUUUGGUUCUGAGGAAAUAAUUUAAUUGCAUAGUUAGUUGACCAUGAUUGUAAUGGCAUUUUGAAUCAGGUUGAGGUAAUUCCUCUUAAUGUCAAUAUACGUUUCUUUUACCUUUCUUUUAUUUAGCCUUGGGGAACUUUUAUAUGUAACCAAUAAAGUGGCCCAAGGGUUGCUAGGGUAACCCUAACCCUAACCAAACUCAACCUGUUGCAGCCACUACCCUGCAGGCAUUACAUUAAUGGGUACACAAGGCAGAAAAAACAAUCUUAAUAAGCGGAUAACAAAUCCAGUAAAUCUAGAACAGAACAGACAAAGAUGAUGGAAGUUUUUUGUGUGGGAAAUUUCUGUUCAUCUAGGAUGAUCAAGAUAAUAAUUCUAAAGAGGGUGUUUUUGUGUCAAGAGGAUGAUGUACUGUACAUGUUGGCUUUACGUUAUGUAGGCAUCAGGAGGACAAGACUCAUAACUACUUUUCUUUCAAUUUUGAACUGAACCGGUUCUUUUUUCAAGUAAAUGUACAAAAACCAAAAUAUACAAACAAAUUUGUAUUGACCUCUGGGAUGACUGCUCUUGCAUGGCCUCCAGUGAAAACCUUUCCUUUUUUACUGGUUAUUAACAAUAUUGUAAAUGUUUUUGUUUAAUCUUAGAAAUCUGCUGCAUUAAGUAAUAAUUCUACCCUCUCAGAUGUUGCAACUCUUCAAGGGUAAGUUCUUGAGCAUUUUAUUUCCUCUUCAGGCCACAUACAGAUAUUUUGGACAAAGACUUCGUAAAUUUAUUUACACAACCUUAAAUUAUAACCAUAAAUUAUUGCAAUAGGCAGAAAACUCGUAGAUGAAAGAGGUUGUUAUUCUAACUACACCCUUGGAAAACAGUCAUGAUUUGUUUUGUUUUUCUGGGUGUAUAUGCAGGGCAGCUGUACCUUAGGUUUGGCACAAGCAUGACCUAGGCCAGCUUCUCUCAGAAGCAAAAUGAAAAUAGAAUCAAAUUAAAGAACUUUGUAGCUGUGUAACAUUCACAGCUUACUAAUAAUAAUGUGUCUAAGCAAACGUUAUCAUUAGACUUAGCUCCAGAGCAUUUUGAGCCAGUGGUAAGCAGGCAGCUGAUAUCCCAUCCCAGAACUAUUGCUUAUAUCUUUUUUCAGAUCUUGCGUAAUUUGUGCACCCCUCGAUCAAGUAUCGGUUGACACUAUCGGCUCAUAUGUCGGUCGACUCUCGAUCGCCAUAUCAGUUGACUGUCGGUCAACGUGUCAAUCCAUAUGUUGGUCUACACUCCACCGAUAUGGCAGCUAGUGUAUCAGCCAACACUCAACUACAAGUUGACAUGUUGGCUGAUACAUGUUAAGUAUACUGGUCGACCCUCAGAUGAUACAGGGAGUGUCAAUUGUCGGUGGAAUAUUGGUAGACUGUCUGUGGAACGCCGGUUGACUAUCAGUGUCAUAUCGGUCGACUGUCAUUUAAAAUAUAAACUGGGGAGUUGGGUUUCAGUGUUACGUGCAAGAUAUUGUGGUUCGGGGGUUUGAAAAUAGUUUCCUUUCUGUUGUUUGUGCCAUCCCUUGCCACGUCAACUUGUUGGAUUUCUGCUGUUGUUCUACACAUGUUGUAAUGUUAGAUUGUCGUUGAAUACCUCUGAAAGGCAAUGCCAUAAUGGCCCCAAUUUUUUCCAAAAAAAAUCGCACACACACUUGAUACUCUCACAUUAGGCUGGUGAAAGCCACCAAAGCCCCUUAAAAAUUGCUGCGUGGACUUAGUAACAACAAAAAUUUGAGUAGACAAAAAUGUACCGUUGACUAAGUAUGAUCUGUUGGUCGAGAUGUUGGCCAACUCUCGGUUAACUGAGAGUUGGCUGAUACAUCGGCCGAUAGUGUCGACCAAUACUCCACCAAGGGGUGCACAAAUUACAUAAGAUCCCUUUUUUCUGGUUUAAAUUCACUUGAUCACUGUUUGUAUGAGUUGUUUGUCUUUGCACUAUAAUUCAAUAAUGUAAUAAGUUAAAUUUAAAUGCCCAAACAACUAUUGUUCUUACCAUUAAUUUUGUGAAAUUAUCAGAAAGUUCCUUUUUUUUAGCUUCUGUCAUUUGAAUUUUUUUGUUGUUUAUUUGUUGUCUGUUACAGUGUAGAUAAACACUUUUCAAAGGUGGCAGUCCUGCAUUAAUGGGGAUGGGUGCAAUAGGAAGUCAGUGCAUUGCCCAUGUAUAAGACGUUUUAUCUAGACUGUUCAAGAGAAAUGAUGUAGUAGGCUUCUCAAACUAGCAUUUAGUGCACAAAUUUUAUCAAAAUUAAGGUGUAAUAGCAGCAUGCAGACUGGAAGACAUUAAUUUUAUUUAAGAAAAUUAAUUUAAAAAAAAAACAAUGAAAGAUGAGUCACUAAUAUUUCAUUUUACUGCAUCCUUCCUAGUGUCUUCUUAAAUUUUGCUAAUAUCACACUAUUCUUUUGUCUUUAUUGUUUAGCCGAUAUUAAAAAAGCAGUUCUACAAUAAUUUUAAACUUAAAUUACAUGAUUAGCAAUCACUGUCUUUAAAGUCCUUAUCACUCUAUUUAAUGUGUAUUCAAGAUUAUUUAAACAUUUGAAGGCUGAUGUGGUUUGGCUUUUGAACAACUGUUGCUAUUUCUAAUGGGAUGAGCUAUGUAAUAGGGCAAAUGUUCUUUUCAACCUUAUUUCAAGAAAACAAUCUAUUUCCCUUAUAUUUCCUGAAGCACUGAUCAACUGCUUUUGUGUUAAAUGAAAUUGAACCCCUUUUACUUUGUCUAUUGUCUUUUUUCUCAGUACUGCUUGCUUUCUAUGCUUUGUAUUGUAUCUUUUGUUGUCACUUUUCUCUUCAGAUUUGGAGCAAUCCCAUUACCAAUUCAAAUUAGUCUAAUUCAUUGUCAUAAUCAAUGAAGUGUGAACUUUGCGGUGUGUUUUGUCAUAUUUUCACUACCAUGACUACACUUUUCUAAUUCUAAAUCAGGCUAAAAAAGCUUAUUGGAUUUGCAGAAUUGGAGAAUUAUUGUGAUGAAACGAGUCAAGAAGAAUAGUUUUUCUCUCAACAAAAAUUUCACUGCUGUGAAAACCAAGGUCACCAAAGCGAGGCUUAAAUUUGGAUGUUUAAGAGUUCAAAAUUUGGGAUUACUUGUAUAAACAAAAGAAAAGUUUUUGAAACUCUCAGCAGUCAUGGGGACAAGGUAAGGGAUCAUGCAAAACCCCACUUCGUUUUAAAAAUUUUCACCAAGCUGAGUGUGAGAAUAACAUGUUUUGAAUCAAUUCUGAGCUUACAGAGGUAAUUUUAAUAUAUUGUAUAACUACAUAUACAUAUAAUCACCUAAAUUUCACUGUAGCCAAGCAUAUCCAUCAUUUAUUUUAUACAUUAUAUCUACAUUAUAAAUAAAAAAGGAGCAAGGCCUAUGAAAUCCAUUGAUAAUUCUCUAAUGCUGUUAAUUUGAUAAUAUAAUUUAAUGAGACCUGGCUUUUUAGUGUUUUAUAUAGCAGAUUUAAUACAACAAGCAAUGAAUUACCGGUAUGCUAACUUAUGACUUUUGUGGUCAAGCUAAUAAUAAUACUUUUAGCAUGUGUCAUGACAAAUAAUCUAUGUUUAUGCAGACACAAUAAUAUAAAUAAUAUAAUAUAAUAUAAAUAAAUUGACCUCGCUCCAAAUGUGUGGCUUCAUAGCUCAGUUGGUAGAGCAAGGCACCGGUAACGCGGAGGUCAUGGGUUCGAAUCCCGUUGAAGCCCUGACUUUUUUCAGGUUUGUGCUUUCCAAUUGCUUAAAUCGGAAAAUUUACUGCGAUGAUCAUUCUUCACUUUCAUCUACAACCGCAGUUCAAAAAUGAAUUAUUUCAUAUAUUAUACUUCACAACAAAUGAAUGUUGCCAGCUCUACACUGUAUUUAUAGUGCAUUUAUCAGGGCGUCUGAUAGGUCGCGGAAAAAAGGCAAAUUUUGUUGGAUUUUUAGGGACAAGAUCGCGGAAAAAUUGGCCAAUUUCGCGGGAAUUUUCGGGGCAAACUUGGCUGGAAAGCAAUCGGUGAAAAAACAGCAGAUUUUGUGGUUAUUUUCAGGGCAAAUUUCGCUAGAAAUCGAUCGGUUUUGCGCUGAUCAGACCAGCGUUUUUAAUGUUUUUCUAACAGAGGUCAUCAUCUGCUCUUUCAACAACAAUACGCUCCAGAAAUGAAACAAUAGCAAAGCCUUUAACAUCAUAGCUAGUGCCCAGUUUUUCGCAACAUAUUCUAUACCUGGUAGUUUGCAUGUUUCAGUGACGAAGUUUUGACGUAAAUUUGCGAUUUUACAGCAAGUAAACUGUAAUACCCCCAGUAGCUGAGACAAGUUUCAAAAUUGCUGCACAGACAUGUAUUUGAUAAGAUGUCUGGGGAAUUUCGCGGUAUUUUGUGUGUUUUUGUGAAUUUUGCAGGAUUUUGCGGAUUUACCUGAAUUUCACGGCUCCGCAACCGUGCGAAAUAUCAGAAGCCCUGAUUUAUUGUGACUGAGUACUCAAAUCUUAAGAUUACCUCAUGCAUGGGUUUCAGUAACUUUUGGGGUACAUUUUAUGGGUUUGCCUGGCCUGCAGGGUGUAAGAACUUUAAAACUUUUUUUUUGUUUUGUGUUGACUUCUUUGUUUUCUUUUUUUCAUUUCACUUGUGAUUUAAACAAGUUCUUACACUAAGGUUGAGCUCAAUUUACGAAAUGAUAAUCAUUACUGGAAAAACUUCUUAAAAAUUGAAAGGUGGACAGAUGGUAUGUGGGAAAUAAUGGAUGUAAGAAAAAAUUUUAUCAAAGUCCUGUUUUUGUGUGGUUUUUUUUGCAUGCCACAAUUCACAUCUUGUGGAAGGGGAGUAAAUAACUUACUUUUGAAUGGUAUAGUAUUAGGUUGAAUGCUGAAUAUUUAGCCUGAGAAUAGAUUGUGGAUUUUACCUACAAUUAUAGUAUGAGCACCUGACAAUUUUAUGUUAUUUAUCAAUUAAGUGAUUAAGUCAUUGAUAUUGUGUACACUCUAUUAUUAUUUUUAGCAAUGGGAAAGCUUUGGAGCCCCUUCGUUUGGAAGAGGAAUUGGACAUUCAUCAUCUUGAAAGUCUUAUGUUCAAGUUUAUGACACAUAUCCCAGAUAAAGCAGCACUUAAGGCAUGGCUGUCACGCAGGGGAUCAGUUUUCAGGGACCAGUCCAGGUUUCAUUCUGCAGGUCUCAUGACACUUGAGGAAUUUCAUGAAAUGCUGGCUGAUUUAUUAGCCAUAGAAACUUGGGAUGAUCAUAAGGUGGCAGUGUUUGAUAAGGAAAUAGAAACAUUAUUCAAAAAGGUAAUUUAUUGUGUACUCAAUCAAAGACACUUUAUUUGUUGGUGGUCUUUCAUUGAACCAGAAAUUGCUCUUGAAAGCCGUCAUUUUGUAUUGCAAUUCCCCUGUCAAUAAUAUAUUUUUUUCUAUUUGUCCUUUCUGGCUGUAUGUCUUUUUUCGGCAGUCCUCGUAACAUUGAAUAAUCUCCCUGAACCUUGUAUACCACUCAUAUAUGUAGAGGUUCUGGCACCUUAACUGUUAUCAGCUCAAUAGAUGUAAGCAAUCUUUGUCUUUUGUACAUGUACGUAGAGUAAACCCUAUUGACUGAUUUCUUAUGUUAUUUAUUAAGUUGUUAUUAUUCUUGUAUUUUGCAGGUAGAUAUUGCAUCUGAUGGUUUGGUAGACUGGGAUGAAUUCUGUACUUAUCUCAUGUUGCAGUUUGAAGAGAAUGACCAGGCCAGUAAAGCUUCUGGCAAUACUUUUGUUCCUAAGCCGAACAUUGUAAGGAUAGAUCAUAACAAGGUAUAGUCUGAAAUGAACAUUGCUUGUCUUUCAACUGUAUUUCACUUCAUAUAUCGUAUAAGAAUUAAAUGUUUGGUUUAGUAAACGGUUUAUAGUAACAGUACACAGUAACGUCAGUCAGUAAAGCUAAAAAUAAGCCGGAUAUUUUGUAAAGUUCGUGACAAGAAUUACAUUCUUACUGCCAAUGAGCAAGCCAAGCAAAGAUGGUCAGUUUGUGAGGUGGCCAGCUUCAUGCCAUGCGAAGUAUUGCAGCAGGCAGAAAAAUUCUCGAUCGUGCUGUGAAAAGUGUAAUGUAAGGUGUAGUUUCAUGUGGCUUUUGAUGACCUUUGUUGUAAACAAACCUUCAAAGUUCUGACAUAGUUCUCUGCCACGAUACUGUACUUGUACCAACUACAACUCGCUAUUUCAAGUUCGCGCUAACCUAUAAAUGUGAUUUCUCUUUCGCGGCUUGAAACUCAACAAGUUUAAUGUUCAAAAAUGUCGAAGCAGAAGAAUAAAAGCAAUUUUAAGGGAAAGAGCAUGGCAGAAAUAUAUGAACGAGGAGUGGAAGUUCUCGCCUCAGCAGCUGAAAUGGUUUUAUAAACAUUGGAACUAAAACUGAUGACGUAGGCAAACUCUUUUUCUUUCGUUGGCUCGUAACAAAAGCCACAACUUAACAAUAAUGAAUGAGGCUGAGUAUCUUAUGAAGAAUUAUGGAGAUUGAGGAGGGUGUUAUACGGCCUCGACGGAUAACACCCUCCGAGAUCUCCAUAAUUCUUCAUUUGAUACGAAAGCCGAAUUCAAUAAUUGCUUUAUUAUUCAUUCAAAAUAAUUCCUAGUUUAAAAACAUGGCUAAAACAUGCUUACCUCCAUCGAUCCAUUAAUGUUAAGUUCAUCUUCGAUAGUGCAGCUAGGUAGGUAGGUAGGUUUGUGCAUGCAGCUCCUCAAAUAUUCUCCAAAUAGCAAAUUAAUGUUGCCCUUCGAGUUGUCCUCUUGCUGUUCUUGCCAUGUUUUCAGCUAUUUUUUCGCCUAGUUCUUACUCUUGAAACAAGUGAAAUGUCUGCCAUUUUUCAAGUUCACAAGCAAAACAACUCAACCUUGUCCCCAGGUCUUCUCGGUUAACGGUGCCUUAACCUGUGAAAAGCUGCAUUUCUGACGUCAUUUCCUCGUUAAACACAAAAUUCUUCCAAAUUUGGUCAUUGGUAAUUGGUUAUGGUGAAUUAAACAUGUGCUUUUAGCCAAUCAGAAUCGGGAAAAUAUUUUGAAUGAAUAGUAAUAGUUAUUAAUGCUUUCCAUUUGUCAGAACUGGCGGCGGCCGGACAAUUGCCGGACCAGUCGGUUAGCGAAUGAAAUCGUUUUUUUCCAAAGGGUUUUUGCUGAAAAACCAUCUCCUUCAUGCAUACUUUGUAGGAUUUGACUGAUCUGGCUGGAGAGUUUUGAUUAAUAAUGGUAAUAGGAGUGAGUGGAGUCCAAUUCUGUCUGUAAUCAUACGAGUGAUAAACAAAAUCGGAUGACCAUAAUUAUGAUUACAGACCGUUGCACAACACAAAGUCCUGUUACCAACUAAUCAUAACCAUUUCAAUUUCUGAGAAAAUAAAUGCAUUUUUUUUUGGUGAAAGAGCAUUUGAAUACCAAAAGUCCAAAAUUAGGGGAAUAUCACUGGCGGAGACACUGUCUGAAUGUUGCAAAUUCAUCCAUUUUGGAAAAUCCCCAGUUUUGUAGGGUAAGUGGUUUUUGCUAUGGUUAUUGUGAUAACUCCUGUGAUUGGUGGAUUUAGCUGAGUGCACUUAAUAUGAUUGGCUAACCUGUCUGUCUGCAUGCAGGUGUCCAAUUACAGCCAACUGUCCGAUUACACCAUCCAAAUCAACCCUACACAAUGAUUAGUGAAAAAUAAAGCAGUUAAAUAUGCACCAAUCAAAUUUGUGGAAAUUGUAAUGGUUAUGAUUAAAAGUGAAAUUCUCAUUUUGAUGGGAAUGGUCUUGGUGGUCAGUUCUGACAAAUCGAAAGCGCCUUAAGUUAAUGACUAAAUAAUGUUGAUAAUAGUAAUAGGAAUAAUGAUAAUAAUAAUGUUUUCUAUAGUGUUGUUUCUACAAUACAUCCAACACAACGGUCAUAUGAUAAAACUGCUUAUUGACUCGCUGAGUACGGUCGAGCCACAAGGGGAAAUAUUUGGCUGUUACUGUGCUCAGUCUGUACAUUUGUAUGUAUGCUCGGUCCUUAUGUCCUGACAAUAUUUUUCCAUCCAGCCCUCCCAGUCAGUCAAUAGGUACAUAUACUGCACUGUGCAUAAUCAUAAGUUUCAUACUAUCCAGAGUACAAUUUUUUAUGAAACCAGUGCAAAUGCAUUAGUUUUGUCUUUUUCAGGAAACAACAACUAAACUUCUGACAGACUUUAACCCGAUGAGAUAUGUUACAGUCAGUAAGGUAAAAGGUCCAUUCAGCUCAACAUUCUACUCACUUGCUAAGUUCAUGCAAUCAUAUGAUUCUCUCCACAGCUGACUUUUACACUUCCUGGAAGCAUGUCAGCAAGCAUUUCUCUUUUUGUGUUCUCAUGUCACAUUGUAUCUGAGCAACACAUUUUCAGCAAUAACAACAACGACAGUAAUUAUGUCUUUAUCCCUUUACAUCUUUUAUCCAUUGUGAUUUAUAUUACUUGUAUUCUAAUCUAAAGUAUUGGAAUUUUGUGGUCAGUUAGUUUGGUUCACAGCUUAAUUUUGGGCCACUCUUUAUUUGUACUUUAUCUUAAGUUUUAUUAUUGUGUAGGAGGGAAUCAUUGGUGUCUGGAGCACUGAACUGGAACUUCAGAGGAAAAUUGAAAUGGAACACAGCAACUCUGAAGCUGAACGAACUACCAAUAAACGCCAUAUUAAAAUGUGGGUGACUGAUGCUGUUGCAAUGCCAAAUGUACAUAAAAUGGCUUUGUCUACAACAAACAGAGACAUUUAUUUCUAUGAUAUGUCUACACCAAUUUACACAUCACAAUUCCAUCUUUGCGGUGAGUGUAACAAGUGAAGAUUUACUCAGCAAAAGCCAGUGUUGUUUGUUGCUCUUUUAAUUUUCCACUUUGAAAUUUAGUGUCUUUCUUUUAUUGAUCACAGGUCCAGUGACUUAAGUUUGAUACUUAAUUUUAAUUUUCAUUACAGCUCUGGGCAAUGUGGUCCUCUGUCUUGACUAUUAUUAUAACAAAAAGGUGAGAUCUGCCUGCCCCUUUUGUAACUGGAGAAUUCCUUUUCGUAUAAUGCAGUAAACUGCAGACAAGUUUAUUUAACCGAAAGACAUUCAAGUUUUGUUGUGUAUCCAGUGUUUGAUAAAGAAAGGAUAAUGUUACUAAGUUGCCUUCUUUAUCUUUAGCUACCUGCUGGUAAAUCGUGGCUUUUUCUUGGAAUGGACAAUGGUGUUGUCAUGUUUUUUGUAUUUUCAACUCCUCUCAAAGGACUGUUUGAGACUCCAUUCAAGAAAACAUCAGGAAGCCAUCAGGUUUAUCUACAGGUCAGUGUGCACUGAGUAAACUGGUUUCUCCUCCUGAAGGCAGUUCGUCCAUCGCUAGCCUUAGUAUUCUUUUUUGAACAUUUAACUUCUGAAAGUGCCUUUAUUCCUAAUAAACUUGUUUUUGUUGCCUUUAUUUUUUCAGGACUUGUCUUCACAUUCUCGGUUUGUGACAUACCAGAGUUUAGGCCAGGUUCAUUCUGAUUGGGUCAGAAGGGUGAAGUACAUUCCAGUCAAGGAGUUUAUUAUUUCUUGUAGCGGUAGCGGAAAAGACUCUCUUGUGGUUAGGGAUAUAGACGAUAAGAAGAGGAAAACUUACACUUUCAAAGUAGCCAAGGUACAGAACAGGCUACAACUAUUCCUGAGUUGAGAAAACCAAAUUUUUGUGUUUCGUUUUACCAUUAGAGGAGUUGGUGCGACAGUUUCUUAAUAGGCGCUCCAUCCAGGCUUCCAUCCGUAUUUUUAAGAUAAGCAAGAAAUGUCUUUGAGAUGAUUAAAAAUGCCGAACAUUAUAUGGUUUUUAGUCUCUAGGCUUUACCAGCCCUAGUGACCGCGUUUUUACCCUGGCUUGUUAGUAAGUGUCGUAAAAUAUAAACCAAUCACAACAGACAUAGUAAAUUAAUCAGCUGCAGUAGAUUUAUGAAAAAGUAAAAAAUAACGUUCGCAUUUACGAAUCACUCAAAAGAAGAAUUUUACUUUCGUUUUACAGGGUGUAGAGUGUUUUGAUUACAGUCACGAACUAAAUGUUAUAUGCACGGGAGGAGUGGACCAUGCAGUUCGUCUAUGGAAUCCUUAUGUCACUGCUAAACCUGUGGCCAUCAUGAAAGGGCAUCAGUCUUUUAUUAUUGACCUGGCAAUUCAUGAAGCUCUGGAACAAGUCUUUAGUUACGAUAAGGAUGGGGUAAGCAGAGCCCGAUAAUUCGGGCAUGAAAUAUUUCCUCGAUCCAAGUAAUUAAUCGUUCACAAAAUCGUUACAAAGCAUGCCACAGUAAGCAUAAACAUGUUAUCUGUUGUUAGGUUAAACCAAUACUCAAUUAUUCAUUGGUGACAAACGAAAGUCUGUUUUAAUGGAUAUUACGGAUGUUAAAUGUACCUACAACGUAAACAUUAUAUAUACAAGGGUACUUGCCGUAAGUGUUGCAAAUGCUCAUCAGUGCAUAUGUAUAAAAACUGGAAAAUUAGCCAAAAUUUUUCGAGCUAACAGCAAAACUUUUCUUUUAGUCAAUGCUUAACUUCUUCAGUGCAUGAAGUUGGGUUUUGCAGAUUCCGCACAGUAUCAAUAUCCCUGCCCCACAUUGUUUAAGGAGGCGUGUGUGGACGAGUGGUUAAAACCUCGAACUCCGGAUCUGAAGGUCCGGGGCUCACACCUCGCCCGUCGCGUUGUUUCCUUAGACAAGGAACUCUACUUCACUUUGCCUCUCUUCACCCAGGUGUAUAAAUGGGCCGGGGUAACCAUGCGAUGGACUAGCAUCCCAUCCAGGGGGUAGUAGCAAUACUCCUAGGUGCUUCAUGCUACGGAAACCGGUAUAAGCUCUGGCCGUUUGGGCCUUUGGUUCGUGUGCGCCUUUACCUUACCCUACAUUGUUUCCUUCUGGGGUGGGGUCCCCAGGUUGAACCAGUAGUUGCUUUUAGGUAUCUCCCGUCCGGCAUGUGGUGGAGGAUGAGUACAUAGAUCCUAAAGAAGAGGUUACCACCGGGGACGCCGGUCAGCAUAGGAUUAAAUAAGAGCUAGAAAUAAGUUGCUGCUGAGAUGACGUAACAUUUUUUUUUUUGCUCUUACCACUCUAGGUUUUGAAGGCGUGGGAUAUCAAGGAACAAGUGUGUCUUCAGACAAUCGCCAUAAGGUUUCCGUUUGGACACAGAAUUCCAGAACAUGGGCCAUUUCCAUUUCUUCUUUUGACGUCGCCCAUCAUCAACUCGCUGUUUAUUAGCAGUAAUGACUGCUUAGCAGAGAUCAAGAUCGUAGCUAUGAAUGCAGCAAAUAAAACCCGCACCAAGACAACUCACUGGAAACCUUUGUGUGCGGCGCUUUUUAACCCAAGCAUGGAACAGGUGAUGACUAUCUCUUGGGAUCACUAGGAGGGGUUUAAUGUGACCUAUCUCUGAGACCGCGUCUUGCUUGCAGGCUCAGCUGCUUGUAAGUAAUCUGAAUUCUUUGGACAAGCUCUUAUAGAGAACGCACGACAUCGGUUCGAUUCGUCUAAUCAUGAUAACCCUGCUGGUGCUACUGAGGUUUCUUAUUUAUAUGAUAAGGAACGGAAGGCUAUUCCACGCAUAAUUUGAGACUGAAUGUCCUUCUCUUAGCUGCUUUUAUGUUAUACUUUUAUAUAUUGAAAUGUAGUGUAAUUAAUCCGUUUUGUACUCAUUUCAGGUGAUCACUGGAUGCGAGGGCUCAGUCGUCACCUUCUGGGACUUGAAAACGGGGCGUCAGGCACAGCAUGUCACAGAGGCUCAUGGGACAGAGGAAAUCUCUUGCAUGUCAAUGGACCCUACAGGCCGCCGCCUCAUGACCGGAGACAGGACCGGCAAUAUUCACGUGAGUCACUAACGCUUACAAUUGGCUUCACUGUUAGGACAUUCACUUAAGAUCAAUUUACUAAACUUUAUUAGAUUGCUGGUUUCACCGUUAGGACACUCACAUACAUGUAAGAUCAACGUACUAAACUUUAUUAGAUUGCUGGCUUCACUGUUAGGACAUUCACAUAAGAUCAGCGUACUAAGCUUUAUUAGAUUGCUGGCUUCACUGUUAGGACAUUCACAUAAGAUCAGUGUACUAAACUUUAUUAGAUUGCUGGCUUCACUGUUAGGACAUCCACAUGAGAUCAAAGUAUUAAACUUUAUUAUAUUUCUGAAUCCGCGAGUUGUGUUUUGUUUCGCUAGCCGAGCGGGCAAGAUGGGUGCAUCGCCGGCGUGGGUCUCGCCAGAAAAAGUUCUCUCUUUGGCCAUAUAAUUAAAGCUUUAUUGAUCAAGCUUGUUCGGUCAUGAUGACUUUAUUUCGGUCCGUAAAAACCCAAAGAAGGAUUUGGCCAGUAUCCAGGCAUCUUGACCCGCUCACUCUUGGUUCAUAACGCCGCGGCAUAUGUAUGCAGCAUCGGAACAGUGAGUAGUCACACUAAAACUGAGUCUACCUGUAAACUAAUGUGUUACAAUGAGAAUCUGAUGCUCUCUUAUUUCCUUUUCACUUUUCGUGUGUUGCUUUAUGUUGUGCGCAGGUUUGGAAUGCAAGCAAUGGUCACUUGCUCAACAAACUUGAACCUGUUGACGAAAACGAGGUAACAGGAAUUAUUUCGCUCCCUGACAAGAGUAAGAUUAUAACAGUGGGAUGGAACCGUAAGAUUCUUGUCUACUACGACGACAACCAGGUUAGCACAGCGUUUUUUCAAGUCAGACUCAAAACCGGUAGAUUACGAACCCAACCGGUGCUUACCACUCGGCGGCCCCGCUGCCUCCAAACUGCAUACUGAACCCGUGCAAUUGUACUCAUUAUUUGUCUUCUCAGAUCCUACAGCGAGUUUUGAAAAUCAGCGUAACCUACAGAUUAGUCAGUUAUCUGCUAGAAGUUAACUGACUAAUCUGUAGGUUGAGCUCGCAAUGUAUGAUUUCCUGGCAUUGUCAAACUGCGUUUGGUGCGACGGUGUGUUUGUCUUUAUUUUCUUAAAACAAUUAUUGGAUUCGGUUUUUGUGAUAUCCGGAAUAUCAGCCUCGGUCGUCGGCUCGGCUGAUACUACUUACUUGAUUAUUGCGGAAAUCACAAAAACCUCAUCCGAUAACUUCUUGUUAUUUGUUUUGAGGAUGCGAGUCUUGUGAGCUCAGUGUUCAGGUUUAGUAAAGAAGGUCCAGUAUUAUAACCGCCUUUCUUUGCGUUUUUAGACUUUCUGCCUCAGGCCCAAUGUUCACUGGAAGGGCGGACAGUUACAUCAGGUCAGAGUGUGUAUUUUGAUGGGAAAAUCCUUCCCAGGUUAUAUGAGCUUUCAAUCUUUGUCACAACGGUGAGAACCCAAGCAAUAAGCUUACCCUGUAGGUUGAAUACUAGAUUAACCUGAGAACGCGGGAUUUUACCCACAACAUAUUUGUAAGAUGGAAACUCAGUUGCAGCUGAAAAACAUUUUAUCAACUUCUCGUCAGUGAUAUGGUGUUCACUUAACUUGUCGGAAAAUGUACUUCAAAUCUACCCGUGCCAGUGUCAUGUUCUACAAGUAAGUAUUUUACAGAACGCGCUUAUUUGUGUGGCUUGUUUGCAUUUUUUUGCUGUUCUGUCAACAGGAUGACAUUUUAACGGCUGCUUUCUGUCCACCAAACUACCUUGCCACGGCCAGUUUUGACGGCGACAUCAUUCUUUGGAGUUUGGACCGGGAAAAAAUGAUUCGUAGGCUGAAGAAAGGCUCGGGCAGCUUGUUGUAAGUGGAAAUGAGCUGCUUUUAUUUUGACGUUUAUUUUCUUUUCUCUUUGUUAGGGUGGCUCCGUUAUUAAUAAAGGCGCAUUGAGCUACAUGUAUGAUGAACUUUUCGUCAUAACUUUUUUUUGUUUUAACCCGAUGCCUACGAAACCUUGGAAAGAACUACAGGUGUCGUUCAACAUUAAUGUUAAAUAAUCCGAUUUUACUGGUGUGGUAAACAUUUUUUUUUACGAAAUUAUAGAAAUUCGUGCGUGGUAAAAAAUUUUUCUUAUAUUUUCCAAUGAAAUUUUGGUAGCGGUUUUUAUUGAUAUGAUCAAUAUGCCAUAUAAAUAAUUCAGAGAAAUGGUUGGAACAGAUCUCUGCAACUGGAAAGUCCUUAGAAAUCAGCUGUGAAAUUGUUUUGGAAUUUCGAAAACGAAUUGCACUGGGUAAGGACGAGCCACCAAUUCGAAUUUUCGCGACAAGUAACUCUAAUGUUUGCUGAUUCUUAAAACGAAGCCGAUUGCCAAUCGUGCUAUUCUUUAAGAGGUACUCUUUAGUUUUAGAAGCUCAUUAAAUUCAGUGCUCCAAACCUUGCUUUGAAGUCAAAUGACUAGUUCCUCGACAUUUCUGAAAUAUCGUUCAGCAGUUUCGGCUUAAACUCCUGCUACACACAUUUUUAUGUAUUGCAGUGCAUCCUCGUCGGCUUUUACUGUUGUGCGUUGCGUCUAAUUCAAAAAACAAGUAUUGGGGUUAUAAACUAGCUUGUAUCAGAGCUCAAGUAGAACUGUCGAACACCUUUGUUUAUGACUACGAAAUGAGCUCGGGCAGCGGUUUUGCGAAGAAUUUGCACCUCGGCCAUGGGAACGAACGGUAAUGAUACCCAUAUUUGCGAAACUAGUUUGCCCUGGAGCUUAAAGCUUAGUGCGGACUUCUACGUUGGCACGGUAAAGAAAAUGCCCAAUUAUUUUUCGGUUUUUAUCUGUUGAUGGAUACUUGUUUUGCUGUUCGUUGGGUUCUAAGCGAAUUUCCUCUUUUUUUUUUUCGACAGAAAAGCUAAGGUAAAGAAGCUCGGACUUCUACAAAACAGGAAAAACCUGUAAGAUAUCAUUUUUUCUUACUGGUAACUAGUGAUUUUCCUUCACAUAUUUUCAAUUUUUUUUCCUUUCUCAACAAGCUGGUAAGCUUACUUCAACAUAUGUAAUUUCUACAGAGGCAGUAACUAUGGCUCACCGGUAGACAAGUUGUUAUUUCUUACAUCAAGGGCUCAGUGGAAGUCUCAAGAGAGUGCUAUUCUUGUGUCAUCGGAGGCUGGAAUGCUCGAGUUCUGGUGUUUGUACGGUCCGAACAGACCCAUGGGUAAGUAGGUCUUGUACACGUUACCUGUUGUGGUCAGCGUUUAUCCUUCUGGCCCCGGUUGUUCAAACGUUAGAUAGAAUUAUUCACAGGAUAUACAGUCAUUUCAAAAAACGUUGUCGGAAGAAAACCAAAAAGUCUCAAGCCGAGACCCCAAGGUAAUGAGGGUAGUUUCAAAUCCGUGUUUUGGGAGAAAAAAAUAGCCACUGAUUUUUUAUUCAUCAUUUAUACAAACCAUAGUUAUCUCAAAAAAAAAGAGAGAAGUGAAUAAGUUUCAGCAGAAGGACACCUUCGCUUGUUCCAGUUUUUGAAGAGCAAUCUUCUUCAGCUAAUUAGCAUGCCGUAAUAGCGUAAUAAUGGUCAAAGAUAUUUAAAAAGCCUGCAAAGUUGUUAUUUUGCUAUUCUAAACAUUUUGAUUUUUGCCGUUGUCGUUCCCUUCGCUGUCGUAUUUGGUUAAGCUCCCUACAGUUUGAAAGCCCUCCCGGCAACCACCUGUGGCUUCAAAGUUUCAGUCCAGAGUUAAGGAAUCUCUCACAUAACGUUUCACACUGUUCGCAGGGACAUACGCAAAGUGGCCCCAUUUUUUGAAACAGCUGUAUAACUCUCAACCGGAUGAAUAGAAGAGAAAUUAAUUGUGUUAUUAACUGUAGAGAGAUUUUGAACAACUGGGGCCAGAUAUGUUAGCUCAAAUGAAAAGAAAACUGUGCACUUUAAAUGUCAAUAGUUCCUAGGUUCGUAAUUUACGGUACUGCGGGGAAAGAAAUUAGUAAACUGAAAAGUAGUUGUACGCUGUUUUCAGUGGGCCCAAAUACACUGCAUUGUGAUGCUUUUUGCAGGUAGAUUCACGGCCGCCACUGAUGAAGAUAGCAACGUUCUUGCUUUAGCAACAGAUCCUUCUAACGAGAUGUUGAUUACUGGCGACUCAAGUGGGCACAUAACUGUGUGGGACAUCAGUUCAUAUUGCAUCUCAAGAGCGGAAUCUAUCAUUGCUCAAGUAAGUUGAAGCUUUUUUUGACUGGUAUCACUAUGUCGACAUCAGUGUUUCAGCUAUCCCAUAUUAAAGGUUGGAAAUUGUUUGGUUAUGCAUGGUAAGAGAGGGAAGUCUUAAUCGUUUCUGGAGAGCUGUGAAGAGAUUGCUUCCUAACGACAAGAAAUUAAAGCAAUCUAUGUCUUGCAUGCAAAGUCGAUAGCAAUCUCAAGACCGACAAAAAUUCCAUAGCUGAAGGUAUAUUAAUCAUUUCUUCGCCUCAAUCAAUUAUUUUCAAGACCAUCAGUGGUCUUGGUUAUUUAAUUCGGCUUUCGUAUCAUAUGAAUAAUUAUGGAGAUCGAGUAGGGAUAACACCCUCCUCGAUCCCCAUAAUUAUUCAUAAGAUACUCAGCCUCAUUCAUUAAUUGUUAAAUAAUAACUGAGCCUGAAGUGAACACUUCUUUUAGUAUAUACACAAGAAGUGAAGUCAACAGAAUCAGAAAGGAAACCAUGAGGAAAACGAUCAGUAUGAUUCACGGGUGAUUUCAUGCGUGAACAUGUAGUCGUAAACAGCAGAUGCACAACAGUUGAAUCUUUACAGUGUUUUCAAACAUGGCAAAUUAUAGUUGUAAUUUUUUUGUAAGCUUUAGCAUCAGUGAUUGAAAAAAAAACGUUGAAAGUUUAAAUAACUCCCCUUUCUGAGAAGAAACACAGAGCUUUAUUUGCUUCUGUCAACUCACCGUGAAUGAGACAGUUUUUGUCGCUUCUUUGCAAAUGCUGUCAACAGCGGCUACGAUCGAGGUGCGCGUUGUUUAUCUACAGUGCCAUAUUAACUUUGCUUUCCUUUUUUCUCCAUAAAUUAACUUCUAUUUCCAGGCAAAAUUGGUUUUGCGAGGAAGUCCUGAGUUCACAAAACAGUGACAAAGCGGCCUCCUUUUCCUUUGUAGUGGUCAAUAAACAUAUUGCUUCGAGCGUAUGAAAGUCAACUACAGUAAAUCACUUCGCAAUAAAAUCACGCUGUUUAAACACCAUGAAGUCUUUUCUUACCUUCAAAAUCAUCAACUCUGGGAUAUUCUUGUAUUUUAAAAUUCUUACUUUGAAAAGUGGCAGAACACCCAGUUCACGACAGCGAUUUACUUUUGCUUUAUAUUCACGCGGUGAAUAUUUAUAAAAUAACUAAGAUAGUACGCGCGUUCUGAUUGGUUAAAAACCUAUGGUUUAUUGUGCCGGUAAACUCAUAGAAAACUAAGUUAAUUUAUAAAAGCAAUAGACCAUUCUUUCUAUGGGUUUACCGCCGUGAUAACCCACUUAGGAUGGUGGGAGAACACUCGGAAAGCUUGUAAAUCCCGCGUUGGUUAUCACGCCGGUAAACCCAUAGAAAGUGUGGUCUAUUGCUUAAUUAAACGUCAUAGUCCGAGAUAGCGAACCGAUCAGAUUGCUUGAAUUGCCAAGAUCACUGAGUGUUUAUAUACUAAUAUGUAUUAUUAGUGCUUUAUUUUAACCAGUUUAACAAGGUAAUUGAUUCAAAAGAACUGUGCAUUGAGAAAAUAUUUUAAAUACGCCGCAUUCGAACGUUUUCUUACAUUCGAUGUAUAAUACGACUCAAUCCAUCGUUUUUUUAUUCCUUGAGUAUUUUACAGGUAAAUGUACUAUUUAGGUCUGAAUUAUGGUUAUUUUAUUUUAAAUAUUUGUACAUAUACCUUAAUAAUAUAUGUAGGGGGAGCCAUAAGAGCAGCUUCGAUAUUUUCUGUAUGUUGUUUAGGUGUGGUCAACAACUCAGCGUGCUGCAGGUAACCCGGAUGAUAACCCAGAAGGCAAACCUCCUCAGCUCACUAGCUGGCAUGGGCACCAAGACUCAGUGGUUAGUGUGGAAUAUCUGUCGCGGAGUCAAGGUGCUUUAUUAUUAUCUGCUUCUAAGGACUGCACGGCCAGGCUCUGGACACUGGAUGGCCAGUACAUUGGAAUGUUCGGUCAGGUUAGCUGCUAUGUACAGAUUAUUCCAGUCCUUUUGUGAGAGGGGAGACGACAUCUCGCUUGGUGGCUGGUUGGGGUGGCUGGCGGGCCGAUACGCUGGCGCAUGUGCAAUGAAUUGCGGCGAAGAAUGUUUCGUAUUUUCAUCGAGUUUUCAGGGUUUUCAUUCCCAACGUUCGUAUGUGAUAUGCGUUUUUUCUUGUUUCUUGGCCGAGGGUUAAUAUUUGUUUAUUUACGUAUUUUUUAUUUUGUCUUACAGAAGAGGCUGUGGAACAUUGACGAUCCCAGCUCGUACAGACAUGCAGGGUAAGGAACUGUAUUAAUGAAUGUCACUUUUAUUGUCGGUGCCGCCCUCCUUUCGUUUUAAAAUUUGUUUUGUUUCCAUUUGUUGUUGUUUUUCAGGAAAACUUGGGACGAGGAGAGGGACAGAGGAAAGAAAAAAACUCACGUUCACACUGAUUUAAGUUAUACAAGUUCUAAACCACCUUCCCCUGCUCCAGCUCUGAGUCCACAGCAGCAGCUAAGCACUAGUCCAUCAACACGUGAACCGCCGCCGCCAAGUAAAAGGUUGGAUUGAUUGUUAAUUCUUGUUUCAUUUCUCAAUUUCUAUUUGAGCCAUUUCAGAAACUGCCUUCAAAUAUAAAUACCAUAAGAUCUUUGGUAUUUAUAUUUCAAUAUCUUGGAAACAAAAGCAAGUAUGCUUCCAGCAGGUAUGAUCAAAAUUUGGUUUCGUACAACAAAGGGCAAGGACUACAUUUUUUGCCAAUUUACGGCUAACAAUUACUUCUUUCGGACAUCCAACGACGACUUCAUAAUUAAGAUUUUCAACACAAUUGACAUGAAAUUUGUUCAUUUCUUGCAUAACUGAUUUUGUCCUGUAGAUAGGUCUUGCGUGUUUCAUACAGAAAACAAUAAUCGCACAUCGAUGUUUUCUGCCUACGUUUUGUCCCUUUUAGCACACCGACAACCCCCGUUGCAGAACGCGUCAAUUUCCUUCCCACAAUUGAUGUAGGAAAAGUAGGUGAUGAUGAAAGCGAAGCCGAAGAUCCAUAUUCAUGGAGAAUGACUGACUAUUACCGCUCCAUGACAAGCUUGGUACUGGAAAGAUCUUCGAAAAGUCCUCAGUCAUGGGUAAGAAAGUUUUUUUACAUCAUCAUUUAUAGCUUAUGGCAAUAAAAAUCAGCAGUUAACAUAACGAGUUAUGAACAGGUGUGAGACGUUGAUUCCCCUUUUCGAAGUUUCCGUUGUAACAGGCAGAACAAACACCGGAAACGUAAAAGUUUCAGAUGUUUGUUACGACCUUUAUGAACAUUUUGGUCAAGCGCUUGUCUUUUUUACAAAAAUAACGCAUUUGAUAGUUAGAGUAGCUAGCGGUUUAGAAUGAAUUGGAGUUUAUAAACAGACUCGAUCAGGGGGUUCAUUAAGGGCCGGGCACCGGGCAAAUUGACCGGCUGUGAACACGACUUUGCCCGGCUGCUUUACAUCUCAAAGAACUUCUUUUUACUACAGGGAACGAUCAAAAACAGUUUUAAGUUACAAUCGUGCCCAUUUCUUGAUGAGUCUUAUCGAGUGUAAAACAUACUUUGCGGUGUAAUUUCCACUUUAUUACACGCGGCAUGAAAUCCCCUCGUUCUUUGUGUGUUAAAAACAAGAAUCGCCCCAUAAUACAUUGCGAAAAGAACUGUGCUUCAUAAACGACCACCUGAAAUGUAGCAGUGUUGCGAGCAUGUGAGCAUGGCGGCCCAGAAAAGAACGCGUUCGAUAGCGUAUUAUUUUUCGGCUUCAACCAAAGAGCCUCCAGUAGAGAAAAGACCAAGAGAUGAGUAGACUUCUUUGUGAUUUAACCUUUUACUUGCCUGUAUAUAUUGAAUGGCUUAAUCAUCAUGUUCAACGAAGCGAAGCGUGAUUUUUGUUCGUCUUAUGGUUUACGCCAAUGAAUUAAUUUUCGGUGCGUUCACGUUAAAACAGUGCUCCUCCCGUCUAGUCAUUGAAAUUUUAAAGAUAAGUUGAUUACGGCUCAGAUGCUGACGGUGAGUUUGAGUAAAGAUUAUUAUGAGCAGAGCUAUUAAAAGAGAACCAAAAAGUCCAAUUUGUGUGGUGGGUAUUGGUAUCAAAUCAUGAUUAAAUUGUCUAGAAAAGUUAUCUUUUUUUGGUUGUUGAAAGUCAUUGUCUGCAGCUUCAAAAUGCAGGAAAACACAUCCUUACGACUAUAGAAUUUCAAAAUUUUCCGGGGAAGCAUCCCCCCAGACCCCCCUAAGGCCCUCCGGGCCUUGCCAAUUCUUUGCCCGGGUGUCAAACUCAGUUGCCCUCCUGUUCAAAACCUUAAUGAACCCCCUGCUCGAUGUCAUGGUUUUCGGGCAAAGUAACAUCUUCCGUAUAAAAUUAAAAUAAUUAUCAGGAAAAAGAUCUUAGUAACUGUUUAAUAGAAUAAAAUUUAGUGUAUGAUAAUUAUCAAUAACUAUGAUUAAAGACAUAUAUUAAAUUACUUAGUUGUGUAAUAGACCUUAUUCAAGAUGCCCGCCAUCUUUGCACGCCCUUUAGGAUCGGUGGGAUAAAAGCAAUUAACAAUUCUUUGACGAGGUUGAGCAAACUUUCGUGAUUUGUCGGUGGCGAGCAAAUCAGUUAUUUGGCUUCGGCAGAUAGUAGGCCACUUCCGACUUCCAAAAAUCCUUACUUUCAAAAUGAGGCCAAGGGCACAACCUUUCUGGUAAAAAUGAGUUUUAUUUGCGUGAGAAUGAAUACUCAUUUCCAUAUCAAAGGCUGAGCACUUAACCUCGUUUUGAUACAGAGGCCCGGGGAAACUCGGAAAUGGCCUAUUGAUCUGCGAGACACUGACAAAUCACGAUAUUUUACGAUAACCGAGUUCAAUAAUUGUUUUAUCAUUCGGUCACCUAAUUUAUUUUUUAAUGAGUAUCUAGCAUUUUGCCAUUUUCACGCAAGAGCGAUAGCAAGAGGGAGAAAAGCGUGGUUUCAUUUACGCACGCCCAGAAUAUUAUAGUUGGACGACAUUGCACACGAGGAGACCAUUAUUUGUAUGUAGUUAUUUACAGGUCACGUGAUGCGCUGUCGGCCAGUGAAAAGGAAGAACAAUUUGCAUCGAAUGAGAAUAUAUCACUUGUUUACAUCCUGAAAUACCAAGUGAUCAAUUAUUGAUCUGCUCGCCACCGACAAAUCACGAUAUUUUGCUCAAAUGAUCACCCAUAAUUUUCCAUUAUCGUCUUUAAGAAGGAAAAGUUCUGCAUUUUCUGUUGUCUGUAAUGAACAAAGUCGACCGCGAUUUCGUGCAAUGUCAAUUUUUUGCUCUUGUUUGCCCCCGGAGAAACCACUUGACACUGACAUUUUUUCCCCAGUCUAUUCUUGGAGAUCAUUACAAUAAAGACUUCAGGCGCCGCAUGGAGACGAGGCAGACACGAAGGGACCACGUUGGCAACGUGGAUCCGAAGUUAACAUGUGGAGGAGGGUUUGGAAGCACUUGCUCUCCCUUUCAAGCGCUUCAGAUACCGGUAAGAAUUCCUGAACAAAUAUGUCAACGCUUUUUUAACCCGUAGAUACCCGAAGGGUAUCCAAUGUUUUUUUGAUGGGGUUCAAUGUGCAAAUGUGUCACUCGCUCACUUUGCGUUGACAAAGAUCGGCUCUUCCGCUCCGUCCCGAACUCACUGCCCGAUAUGAAAACGACAUAGUUCGUAGUUGCAGAAGAGCUCCUGAGCUGUGCAUUCACUCACGCAUCCUCGUGAGAGAACUUUGGGAACGAGGUUGUCACGCUCAUGUUCGCUACGAAAGGAUCAACACUUGCAUCAACACUCGCUGUCGAUUUCUGACAGUUCUUUAGGUCGUGUAUAUGAGCUACAAGUAUCACGACUAUAAGCAAUGGGGCAGUUUGUUUGUUUUGUCAUGUUACUGGAGAAAUUAACAUGACAAAGGAAGAACGUUGCCGGUAAAUCGCGCGUGUAGCGUGGUAUAGCCCGUGGUAUGUUGUUUAUACUCCAAACUUCGCAGUCUCUGGCAAGAACUCUAGUAGCGAGGAGUCGAGAUAUGGAUUGCAGUAUUUUACAAAAAGUCGCCUUCAAAGGCGUUUUACGUUUAAAAACCAGCUGAUUAUGUCUAGGGAUGGAAAAAUUCUAAGGGCGUGUUUACAAGGAGAGAGGGUUACCCUUGUGCUAGGGUUACCCUAGCAAGCGGGUUAAACUUAGUCGUUCUGGUUUACAAGCAAAUUUCACAGGUAGGGUUACCCUAUCACCCGGGUCAACUUUACCAGCUUUGCUGACUUGUUUCGUCAUGCGUGACAUUUGUAACGGUCCAAGAUUUGAAAUAAUCUUGAAGUUCUCUAUGGAAAACACGCUAAAUUCACGAAAAAGAGGAAAAUAUUAUCAUCGUAGACAGAAAAUAACAUUUUAUUUUUCAGAUGUUUAUAAUUAAGCUCAGAAAUUGGAUAAUUCCGCUCAGUUUGUCAAGGUUAUUGGUCACACAUGACAGAGAAACUUUAAUCAGUGAUCUUUACUAUUCAUUGUAUGGUAGGAUACAAAAGAAUAUGAACUCCCAAAGAACAUGCCAGUGACUUCUCGCAUGGGACACAAGACAAGCCGGUCAUCAGCGGAUCCCUUGUGGAUGACAGUCAGACAGGGUACACUUCCGCCACUAGCAGGAGUGCUCAGGAAGGAUAGCCAUGUCACAUUGGCGGCGGAGUCAGCGUCUGGAAAUGCCUCACAAUUUUCAUUCGCUGUUCAGUAAAACACGUUGUUUGUGGUCUCAUAUGUGGCUCCUGUUGUCACAAUCAGGCAGAUUGUAGUCUCAUUGAACGAUCAGCGUGACUUCGUCUUCUCAGGUUUUUAGGAACUGAAGGUCUCAACCCAAUGGCAAUGCUACUAUUCACGGCAGAAACAGGCCGCCUGGGGUGAAAAAAUUUUCCAGCCAGAUAUG